GCUGUCACAGUUAGCCAACAGCAGCGUGGCGGCGCGACAGGGGGCCUAGCAGAGCAUUCCCCAAAAUGCCGCCCCGCCGCACGACUUUGACGUACUCGAGCGAGGAUGUGGGCCCAGUGGUGGGCGACAAGCCUCUGUACGUCUACUACUGCAAGUACAGCGGCAAGCACGCCAUGACCACAGACUGUAACCUGUCCAAGGCGCCACGCCGCGCCACCGACCACGCUCUGGUGCUGGACACACAGGAGCACAUGGUGAAGCUGUACACGCAGGACGGCGGCGCCAAGCUGCUGCGGCGCAGGAACGGCAACGUGGAGCGCCAGCUGCGCCUGUGCGUGGGCAAGCUGCCGGUGGCGUACCGCACGGAGCCAGAGGGCAGGUUCCUGUACGUCCUCGACAACGCCCUCACCACCUACACCGCAGACGAGAGCGGCAUGGGCGAGGGCAAGCCGCCCGUGCCGCCCUGCAUCAUCCGCGUGGGCAAGGCCACACAGGUGGCGCUGGAGGUUGACGACCGAGGCAAGCGGGCGCUGGUGCUGCGCGUCACCGCCGACUUUGUGCGGGUGCAGCUGAAGAGCGGGGCGAAUGCGGGGCAUGCCAACGAGGAGCUGCUGGAGAUGCUGCGGGGCGUGCUGGGGGUGCGGCUGGGCCAGCUGUCGCUGCAGCGCGGCGAGUCGUCGCGGCACAAGGUGCUGCUUGUGGAGGGCCUGUCGCCAGGCAAGUCGGCCGCUUGGAGGAGGAGGGAGGGAGAGGGGGCGGCAGCUGCGUGGGCCGCGCUGUCGCCGGGGCAGCCCCUGCCUGCCCCACGCCUGGCGACAUGA